AUGGGAGGUCAAUCGAACGGCACCCCCGAGCUGGGAAUUGUGUACAUCGCAUUGACAUGCACAUAUGAUGGACAUGCAAUGCACAUGCGAUCAUUUACUGUUGAAGCUUUAUCAAGUAGACCUUUCUUCAAUGUGAUUAACUAUGGUGCUAAGGCUGACGGCAGAACAGAUAUCAGCCAGGCUCUCACAAAUGCUUGGAAAGAUGGGUGUGCUUCAAAUGUAGGCUCUACAGUUCUAAUCCCUAAAGGGACUUAUUUUUUGGGUCCGGUUCUUUUGGUUGGACCAUGCCGGAAUCAAAUUGAGCUUCGGGUUGAAGGCACAGUGGUGGCUCCGAUGGAUCCCGCCGCCUUCAAAAGCGUUAAUUGGGUUGGUUUCCGGUACAUCAAUGGCUUGACGAUCUCUGGUGGAGGAACAUUUGAUGGCAAGGGACAGAUUGCUUGGACUAAAAAUGAUUGUCAUCUAAACUCACAUUGCCAACAAUACCCUGUUAACUUGAGAUUUGACUUCCUCAACAACACAUUGGUGAAGGACAUAACUUCCUUGAACAGUAAAAAUUUCCACAUGAAUGUUUAUUCAUGUCAAGGUAUGACAAUGCAAAACCUUAAGAUUAUAGCACCAGGGAACAGUCCCAAUACAGAUGGAAUUCACAUCGGAGUCUCGUCUUUCAUUACUAUUACGCAUUCAGUGAUUGGUACCGGCGAUGAUUGUAUCUCCCUUGGUCCAGGAAGCCGCAACAUAACCAUAACCAAUGUGUUCUGUGGACCAGGACAUGGCAUUAGUGUUGGUAGUUUAGGUAAGUACCCAAAUGAAGAAGAUGUUGUAGGAAUCACAGUAAGGGAUUGUAUCUUAAGUGGAACUUCAAAUGGUGUUAGGAUUAAGACAUGGCCUUCUUCUCCUCCUGGUCUUGCUUCUGAUCUUACUUUUGAGAACAUUAUAAUGAAAAAUGUUUACAAUCCAGUGGUAGUAGAUCAAGAGUAUUGCCCUUAUUCGAAAUGUGAUAAGAAAGGACCAUCACUUGUUAAGUUGAAAAAUAUUAAGCUCAAGAACAUCAGAGGGACAUCAUCUUCAAAUGUUGUGGCAAAUAUUGUGGGUAGCAGAGUUGUGCCAUGUGAAUUGGAGAUUGGAGAUAUCAAUUUGUUGUAUUAUGGAAAGGAUGGAAGUGGUGCUACAUCAAUAUGUUCUAAUGCCAAGGUUGUUCUUUCUGGUAGGCAAAACCCUCCUACUUGUAAGUUUUAG